CGUCCCGAGGCAUAGUAGAAGAUUGAAAGCAUGGCUUUCUGUGGCUAUCAAAAACUUGCUUAGCUGACCAACUGCGCAUUUUGUGCACAUUUAUUUCGACAUGAAAACGUAGCGAGGCUAUUUAUUAGAACUAUUGACAACUUUGGCCGCCUGCUCAUUUAUAGGGACACACACCGGUUAGAUAAACUCUUUCCAGAAAACGCAACACAAAGGAAUUGCGGUCGGUUAGUGUUGUGAAAAUUAUAUAUUCAUUUUUUUAUAUCGAGGCCUACAAUUUCAUUUCAACUCAGCAACGAGCCUAAACGUCAACUAAUAUUGACUGAGAACUCGGGGCUUUCCAGCCCGGUAGUUUAUUUUUUUUUAAUGUAGUUCGGCGCUUGCAUUGCGAAAUACUAAGUCUUUCGUGUGUCUAUUUUUUUUUAUUAUUCGAACCCUGUAAUUAUGACAGCCCGCGGUCAUUGGCGAUAACCAUGACAAGAAACUCGACUCGCAAAAUGAAAGAAAGUAGCUAACGAGCUAACUGUCGUUGUAGCCAGGUAGCGGCUAGUUAGCAUUACCAGCAGAGCUAUCCCAUUGUUGUUCAAAGGUGAUUUUCAUCUUAUUUGCUCUUGUGAUCAACGUGUGUGAUUUGACUCCAAAAUAGGUAGUUGUGUUCAUAAACGAUCCCUUUUGGGUGUUUCGGCGUUUCCCAUAACUAAUAUGCUAGCGGGGCUACUGCUAACAUAGCUAGGCUAGUAUUUGCUUGCUUGCUAAUUUGCUUGGGUGGCAUCGACGCGGACAAUGGCAGCGGCCUCGACUGAGGCGGUGUUCUUGAUUAAAGACGUCAAGCCCGGCUCCAAAAACCUCAAUAUUGUAUUCAUCGUUUUGGAAAUAGGUUUGGAACAAAAGGCCCGUAAAUGCAAGGCAAAACCUCAACAUGUGUGGCACUAAAGGACCAUGCCUUCUUUCAACGUUGAGACGACGAGUGACCAAGACUAAAGACGGUCAUGAAGUGCGAUCCUGCAAGGUGGCCGACAAGAGCGGCAGCAUCGCCAUCUCCGUAUGGGACGAGCUGGGCAGUCUCAUUCAGCCCGGCGACAUCAUCAAACUCACCAGAGGAUAUGCGUCCAUAUGGAAAGGCUGCCUGACACUUUACACCGGGAGAGGUGGCGACCUGCAGAAGAUUGGCGAAUUUUGCAUGGUCUAUUCGGAAGUGCCCAAUUUCAGCGAGGCCAAUCCGGAGCUGCUCGCUCAAACAAACCAGCAAAACAAGUCGGGGAAACCCGACCAGAAUCCCAGGGGAAACUCUCCACCCAAUCAAAAUUCAGGUACAUCAACUGCACCAGGUAACGGCUCCGUGCCGCCCUUUUCCGCAAACAGCAACGGCGGCGGCAGCAACGGCGGCGGCGGCGGUCCUGCGGCGGGCGGUGCCCGCGACUCUGCGUUCGGGCGGCCAAACGGCCGGUCGCCCGGGAACGGAGCGGCUCAGUCUUCUGCGGUCGGACCCCCGUCCGCUAAGUUGUCGGUCAGCAUUAGCAACGGCAGGGACCCGCGACGUGCCAAAAGAUGAAGUUAGGCGGGGCUCUCUACUGUCCCUUUUGAACCUCACUUCAAGUCAUUGUCAGUCACAUGUCGAGUAGCCGCUUAGUUGUUCAGUACGGAUGAGAUUGUGUCCUCGGCCGCUUGGGAGUCUGCGCGUGCACCGCUGGAACUUGUUAGGUGGACUCCAGCCCCCUUGAAGGAACCCGCCCGCUAUAUGUUAGCACAAGUCAAAUUCUGGCCUCUUCUCCAACUCUACUUGAACACACUGUGCACUUUUGCUUCAUUUGCAUGUGAGGAACAUUUUUCAUGUCACAAAAAGCAAAGGGCACUUUUUGUGUGAAGAUGGACCCCAUUGCCAAACGACGCCGAAGGGUGCAGUGUUCGUCGUGGAGCUUUACAAAGGGCAGGUGGCAUCUUUUGUUUGGUUCCCCUUCCAAAGGUUUCUCAGUUGUACCAUCAGUAAAGUUGGACCACUUUGAGCUCAGCUAAGACAGUUCACCAAAUAAAUUUGACCACGGUUGUAAAACAGA